AUGGCUCGUAAAUUACACUACUUCAACGUAAAUGGGCUGGCUGAGCCAAUCAGAUACAUCUUGCACUACGCUGGACAGAAAUUCGAAGAUGUCCAGUACGAUUUUAAGAAGUGGCCCAUUCAGACCGUCAAGGAUUCCCUUCCAUACGGACAGCUCCCUAUGUAUGAAGAGGGUGGUAAAACCUUAAACCAAUCCUUGGCUAUUGCCCGCUACAUAGCCGUGCAGGCCAACCUUCUCCCUGCUGAUGUAUGGGAACAGGCUGAGCUUGACGCAGUUGUCUUCAACAUUUACGACUUUUGGUCGAAGGUCGUAGUUUUCAUUAAGGAAACUGACCCUGUCAAGAAGGCCGCCUUCAAGAAGGAAAUUCUAGAAGAAUUCAUCAAUUUCUUCUUCAACCGCUUCGAGAAGGAACUGAAGAAGAACAACGGUUACUUCGGCAAAAAGUUGAGCUGGGCUGACUUCGUCUUUGUGGGCAUCGUUGAGGCUACCAACCUAUUCUUAGGAAUUGAAGUUCAGAAGCAAUUCCCCACGGUUAACGCUUUGGUCACCAAAGUACGAUCUCUACCUGGUGUCAAGGAAUACAUUGCAAAGAGAACGCCCUACCAAGUCUAA